UUCUGGCGGGCGGGCCAGGCUUCUGCUACGUCUGCGCCAGACUUGGGAGACUGAAUGGAUUGUGGAGAUGAAUAUUCCCAUAAUUCUUUUGACCUACAUUGUCUGUUAAAUUCUUUUCCUGGAGACUUGGAAUUUAAGCAGAUCUUCAGUGACAUUGAUGAAAAGUUAGAACAAAAUGCUACAAGCAUAGAAUAUUGCAUUAAAGAAAUACAGUAUGAAGUUAACAAACAGUGUCCAGAUGUGCAGCUGCGAACAACAACUGACUGUCUUGAAUGGCUAGAUAACUAUAGCUAUAAUCCAUCCAAGUCACCGUCCAUUCCCCAUGGAGAUUUGAUAAAAUUCCUCAAAACACUGCAAGAUUUGUUGAAGAGUGAACUAAAUCAAGAAGAAAUGAUACUGGAUUUACUUUGGGACCUCUCCUGCCAGAGCAGCAUUUCAUUCCCAUCACUGCUAAGUGGAGCAUCUUUCCAUUUCCUCUCUAGGACUUCACUUCAUUCUGUCGAAGAUUAUUCCUCUAUGGAUGUAAAAUCUAUAUGGGAUAAUAUAAGACUACAUCUUCGACGCUUCUUAGUGAACAAAUUACAAAGCCAUAAUGAAAUAAGCAAUUCACAGCACAAGAUUUGGUUGAAAAAUCAGUGCAUACAACAACUCUUGUUUCUUUAUCCAGAAUCAGAAGUUAUAAUCAAGUACCAAAGCAUACAGAAUAAACUGUUGGCUAAACUUCUGCAGAACUAUUUUCCUUCUUGUAGCAGAGAAUCAAAUUUAGAUAUCAUGGUUCAUGGAUACCAGAGUACAAUGCUUAAGUUAUACUCAAUGAUAAAAGAGGAUUUUAACAUACUACGUGAAAUUUUAGCUCCAACCUCAACAGUGAAAUUCAUUAAAGAAACUUACCUGGAUUCUGUUACAGAAGAAAUGGCAAAAUUUCUUGAAAAUUUUUGUGAGCUGCAGUUCCAAGAAAGUGCUGUCCGUGUGAUUAAAACAAGCAAGAGCUCAAGCAGGCAUAGAGGAGCAGUGCAUGCUUUGGGUUAG